UUGUCAGCUUCGCGUAUUUAACCAGAGAUAAACUAGGGGCAUUUUGGAAAUCGAGUACCUAACAAAAACAAUAUCUACAUUUAUGCACACGCAUUGGGGUGACAUUAUCAGGCGAUAACCGCCUGCUAGGUUCCAUUUUUUGUGUAUUUUGAUGAGCUAAAGUCACAUUGUGGUUUAAGAGGUUCGGUUUAUCUUAUCGCUAAAUGCAAUGCACACACCCUGUAAAUUAUCAAAUUAUAUUCUAAUCAAAUACGCUCAAAGCUUGUUGAUGCUCGCGACGUGCGCAUAAUUCGACUUGCGCCGCGGCUUCCUAGCAAAUCGAGUUCCAUACUCAUGGUUAGUCGUUUUUGAUAUUUCACUGUGCCACCAUACGUUGCUGGAAGUCGUUGAUACGUUCUUCGUAAAUCUUGCUAUACUUAAGUUUGUCAAAUAAAUAUAAGUACUAUUAUUAUGGCUGCUACACUUGCGACCGAGGAGUUGCUUUAUGAGGAAAAGCCAUUAUAUGUGCCACCAUUGCAAGAAUUGAAAGGAGUUAUCCAAAGUGCUUUGGCUAAAAAUUUUGAAAACGUAAGCGUUGAAGUGGGUGACUGUCCAGACCUAAAGGAUUCUUUUUAUGGUCUUGUGGAUUCAGGUUUAGGCGGCUCACCUUUGCUGCUCGAAAUUGGCGGCCCACCAUUUUUGCUGCCCCUAGUGCAACGCUCCAAGGUGUACAAUGUAAAGGAAAUCGUACAGAAAGCGCUUCCGGGUGUUGGUAAAAUUUUGGCAAUCGGUGCCGGUGCUGGCCCAUUCCCCUUGCGCAACUCCAAUUGCGAAGGCAUCUUCAAUAUGGCUAUCGAUGAGGAUGGUAACUUGAAAAAUGGCAGCUACACCGCCAAGGUGCAUGGUGCGGAGGAGAUAUGUGUGCUAGAACGCAUACCCGACACCGAUCCGCGUUGUGCGUUAUUGUUGAAUUUAUAUAUUAGUCGCGGCGCGCCAGGACCCGUUGUGAAGGUUAAGUGCAACAAGCGUAUUGGCGAAUUGAACUUCGUCGAAUGCAUACGUAAAGGUUUGGAAUCGCACUACAAGGAGCAGUGUGUGGGCAUGGGUGGCAUUUUUGUGCUGAAAAAAGGUGCGGCGCAUCAGCACGUUAUGCGUGAUUUUAGCAAGACGCCACUGCAAACCGAGGAUGAGCUGAACGAAUGGCUAAAGUUCUACGAUAUGCCAGCGCAACUGAAUGCUGUGGGCACACUGAUUACACACGAACAUGAUUUGGAUUUACGUUUGCAACAUUUCCAUUCAUUCUCCAAGUCUAACUGGGGUGGCCAUUAUCAUUAUGACACUACUCCUGAUGUCGCUGAGUACGAGGCUUAUCUGAAUGUGGCCGAACGAGUGGUGCGCGUGGAUCGCCCAUUGGAGACGCAUAAAGUGGGUCGUGAUUAGAGGCUUCAAAAGCAAUAUGGUGCUGAAAAAUGGGAGAAAACGUUGUGGGAAAAUAAUUGAAAUGCAACAGAUAGUUUUUUUUAGCUGUUCGCAAAAGUUGAUUUUAUACAAAUUUCUAUGUAUCUAAAUAUUUUUGUUGAUUUUUAAUAUAAAUAAGAUAAAUUUAAAUGCUGAA